CCAGCCCCACAUCCCAGCCCCACAUCUGCCCUCCCCAUAGGGCUGGCGUUCCCGGAGUGGGCGUACAAGGCGGAGUCGAGCCCCGGCUCGCGGCAGAUCCAGCUGUGGCACUUCAUCCUGGAGCUGCUGCGCCAGGAGCGCUACCGGCACGUCAUCGCCUGGCAGGGCGACUACGGCGAGUUCGUCAUCAAGGACCCCGACGAGGUGGCGCGGCUGUGGGGCGCGCGCAAGUGCAAGCCCCACAUGAACUACGACAAGCUGAGCCGCGCCCUGCGGUGAGGGGCACCGGUCCGCUCACAAUUGGCCCCAAAUUGUGGCAAAAAUGGCCAAAAUCCCAUUGAAAAUAGCACCAAAAUCGGGUUGAAAA